AUGCACGAUCUCCGCCGCCGUGCUCUCGAACGUGGAGAGGCGGGAAAGACCCUCUCGCGCAAGCAGCGCACCCGCGUCACCUCCGGCCUUGCGCCCGCAAGCGCCCCAUCGUCUCUCAACGCCUCCCUCAAUAACUCCCGCGCCGCGUCGCGCACCAACUCGCGCCCUCCUUCACGGCAUGACAGCGACGACGAAGACGACACGGGGCUCAGCGACAGCACCUUCUCGCUCGGGUCGCUGGACGCGGCGCUCGAGGAAGAUAUUGCGACGACCACAGGCGGGGUGGGUUUGAUGGAGAGGGUCGAGGCAGUGAUUGGGAAAGAUAAGAAGGCGAAGGAGGCGAGAGAGAGGGAUUUGGCGGCGCUGGCGUAUGUACUUACGCACUCCGUGGGAACGGCGGAACUAGAAGGGCGGGAGCUCACCGUCGUCCGCGGGUUGUUGAAGGUCGUUGGGAGGGGCACCGAGGAUGACGAAGGAGAGCGAGAGGCAGUUCUGGGAUUGAGAGCACUCGCGGCCGUGUUCUUGACAUCACCUACGGAAUCUCUCUUCGCCGCCACCGUCUCGCCGCUCAAGCGAACCAUCGUCGACGCCUUGUCCAACACGAUCAAGACCGCUGGCCUUCAUGCGCUUGGGCUCGCGGCUUACUACGGCGGCGCAGGCGAGCCUGAGAUUGUCUCGACGAUGCGAUUCCUGCUCGAUAUCAUCCAAAGCGACGGCGGCUCCGUGGAAGCGACCGACGAGGGCGAAGUGGUCGUGGCCGCGCUGGAAGAGUGGGGAUUCCUCGCCACGCGCGUCCGUUUCUCGGAAGAUGAAGACGUCGAAGAGGCGAUGGAUGCGUUCAUCGAUCAGCUCGAGAGCUCGGAUGCGUCUGUGCAAGUGGCCACGGGGGAAAACAUCGCGCUCGUGUUCGAGAAAUCGCGGAUCGCCACGGACGAGCUGGAUUCGGACGACGAGUCGGACUACGAGCCGGACGACGCGGCAGAUGAGGACGCGGACGACAUUGACAGCGAAGAGGAAGACGAGGAGGAGAAAGGGUACCGCAAGAUUUACACCCCCAUCGCUCCCCACACCAUGCCGUCUCUCGAAUCCACGCUCUCCGACCUGGCCACCACCUCUGCUCGCUCCCUCAAUGCCGCCACCCGCCGCCGACUCCAUUCCUCCUUCACCGACAUCCUCCACUCCGUCUCCUAUCCCACCCACGGCCCCCGCUACUCCACCGCGCUUGACCACAACACUGGCCGCGAACUCGGAUCCCGCCUCGUCGUCCGCCUCGGCGGCCCCGGAAAAUCCGGCGGCGAGGUGCGCGUGAAUAAGUGGUGGAAGCUGCACCGGUUGCAGGCCUUGCGGCGCGUGCUGCAGGGCGGGCUGAGCACGCAUCUGCUGGAGAACGAGAGCGUGUUCCAGACCAUCCCGGUACUGAUCACACGGAAG